AGUGCAGUUGGGAUCUGUCUCACAAGUCAAUACAAACAUGGCGGCGCGUCCUCCGUUUCCCGGUACCCCACCUCCUCCAGGAGCUCCUCCUGGAGUAGUUCCUCGUUAUUCUUCUCCCCAGGGUGGUCCUGGAGGACCUAUCAGAUACCCUCAACAAAGUUUUCCUCAUGGACGUGGUGGAAGCUUCAGCAAUGUUUCUGGAGGCAAUGGAACUGCCGGGGCUGGAUCCCCACAUCCUCGUCCUCCCCCUCCUCAGCAGUACCUCACCCGACAGCCUUCACCAACUCCUGCAGUCGGGAAAAGACCUGCACCCCAGAGUAAAGGAGGUGGCACAAGUGGCAGUGCUGCUCCAGCCACUCACCCCCAGGACUACCCUCACUCUGGCAACCCUAAAAAGAAGAAGAAAUUGGCAGAGAAAAUCCUUCCUCAGAAAGUUCGGGAUUUGGUGCCUGAAUCACAAGCUUACAUGGACCUUCUUGCCUUUGAGAGGAAGCUUGAUGCGACCAUCAUGCGCAAGAGGUUGGAUAUUCAAGAAGCUUUAAAACGCCCAAUGAAAGUGAAGAAAAAGCUGCGGAUUUUCAUUUCCAACACUUUUUAUCCGGCCCGGGGCGAGGGCGGCGCUGCAGGUGGUGAGGGCACGAGCGAUGAUGCCACUGUGGCUUCAUGGGAGCUUCGUGUUGAGGGUAGACUGCUUGAGGAUAACAAACCAAGUGAGCCGAGCAAAGGCAAAAGAAAGUUCUCAUCUUUCUUCAAGUCUCUGGUGAUAGAGCUGGACAAAGAUCUGUAUGGGCCUGACAACCAUCUAGUUGAGUGGCAUCGCACUCCCACUACGCAAGAAACUGAUGGUUUCCAGGUGAAACGUCCAGGCGACAAGAACGUGCGCUGCACCAUCCUGCUGCUGCUGGACUACCAGCCCCACCAGUUCAAGUUGGAUCCUCGCCUGUCUCGCCUGCUGGGGCGACACACCCAGACGCGUCCUGUCAUCAUCACCGCCCUCUGGCAGUACAUAAAAACUCAUAAGCUGCAGGACGCCCACGAGCGAGAGUACAUCAACUGUGAUAAAUAUCUGGAGCAGAUUUUCAAUUUGCCUCGCAUGAAGUUUGCUGAGAUCCCCGGACGCCUGAACCAGCUCCUCUUCCCCCCCGACCCCAUCAUGAUCUCGCACGUCAUCACCGUCGAGGGGCCUGAACAGAAGAAAACUUCCUGCUAUGACAUUGAUGUUGAAGUUGAUGAUAACCUCAAGAACCAAAUGAGCAACUUCCUGUUGAGCACCAACAGCCAACAGGACAUCCAAAACUUGGACAGCAAGAUCCACGAGACCGUCGAGACGAUCAACUCGCUUAAAACAAACCGCGAAUUUUACCUCAGUUUCGCCAAAGAUCCUCAGCAUUUCAUGCACAAGUGGCUCUUGUCUCAGAACAGGGACCUGAAACAAAUGACGGACGUCGUUGGGUGUCCUGAAGAGGAACGAAGAGCUCAGUAUUAUUACCAGCCCUGGACUGGAGAAGCCGUCAAUAGAUAUUUCUACACCAAGAUCCAACAGAAGCGCGCCGAGUUAGAGCAAGCGCUUGGAAUCAGGAGUAACUGAGCAUAUUUUCAUUGAUUAUGAAUGUGAGUGGGGAAAACUUGCUGUAGUUUUCCUCAAGAACAAUCGGAGAUGGUAAAUUGCUUCUUGGAUACCCAGGUUCAUCAAAAUAAUUUGUAUUUGUGUAACUGAACUUUUUUUUGUUUAUUUUUAAUGAAAUGACAUGAAUUUUUUUUUCAAAUCUUGUUCACUCUAAGCAUUAGAUAAUUCCAAAAGACAGAAGCACUUCGGAAUUUUGAAGAAGUUUCGAUGGAAUACAAUUUCUUUGCAUUUAUUUUAUUUGGAAUUCCUGGUAGAUACUUGAUUUAUUAAUUUACAACAGUAUAUAUAUGCUUACACAUGUGAAAAAAACGUAUUAGCUAAUACUUUCUCUUUGCGCUUGGAAAUAUGUACAUAGGCACUAAAUUGUGAUGUAUUAAAAUUGUCAUUAGGUAAUUUUGAGUUCUUAAAAUAUGAUAAUAUAGACUUUAAAAAACGGUAUCUGAACUGAAAGAAGUGAAUCUAGGCUUGCGAUCACUUGCGAAUAAAAUUCCAAUAUAUUAAGGUUGAAUUUAUAAGACGCCAGAACAUUCGCCAUAGAUGAGAUUAAGAAUCUGCCUUGAGCAACUCGGCAAUUAAUAAGUUAUUAUCUGUUUUGCAAGAACACGCGCCGUUGCAUUGCCAACGUUAUUUCUAGCGAGACUCUUGGUCCCUGUUUGCUCUCGGGCAGGAAUUAAACUGAGAUAUUUGUA